UUUCGGUUCUCCAUCAAACCGGAAGUAGUAAAUUAUGGACAUCGUUACAGAACAUGACCCUGAAAAAUAAACUUCCCAGCUGAUUAUACAAAUUUUCAAAAUGGCAGGAAGAUCUGAAAUGUCAGAUAUGACAGAUAUGGGUAGUUCGGAAUCAGAAAGUGUUCUUGGCCAAGAUGACUCUGAACUUGCGUUGUCAGGAAUAAGGAUGUUACUUAACAAUGGUUUUGAAGAGGCACAAGCACUUUUUGACAAAUACAAAAAUGAUAGUUCUUUGAUGCAUGCUGGCAACAGCUUUGUAUAUUUUAUGACAGCAUUGAUUUCAUUUGAAGAUGAGAAGAUGGCAGAAGCCUUGAAAAAAUUAGAAGAAACAGAAAAAUUAUGUGACACUGAUUCUGGUAUCUUCAAAUCACUGAAAAAGAAAUUAAAAUCAAAAAAGAAAAAGGAGGGAGAGACAACCAUAAGUAUUGAAGAUAAAAUACAACGACAAGUCAUAGUAGCAGAUUCCAUUUUAUAUCAGGGGAUAUUGAUAUUCACAAAUCAGGACAUUUCAAGUUAUAUCAAAGGGGGUUGGUAUCUUCGUAAAGCAUACAAGAUUUACGAAAAACUUCACAAAGAUGUAAAUCAGCUCAUUGCUGCUUCUAAAUUAAAACAGAGCAAGUCUCAAAACAGUCUAACUAGUGCCGGGUCAGCAGUCAGCUCAGAUGGACCAAUCGACAGCAACGAUAAUGAACUCACUCACGACGUCCUUUCACGUUUAUUAGGAGCUGUGAACUUUGGUUACGGAACCUUUCAGUUGUGUAUAUCAAUGGUACCACCUAAGAUUUUAAAACUGAUAGAAUUUCUAGGAUUUGAAGGUGAUAGAGAGGCUGGACUUGCAGCCUUAGAUUUUACCAAUCAUAGCAAGGAUAUGAAAGCCCCAUUGGCUACACUGGGGUUGCUAUGGUACCAUACAGUAUUACGACCGUUCUUUGCUCUAGAUGGUGCUAAUGAUUACGACGCAGGUACUCAUGAUGCAGAAGUUAUCAUUGCAGAGAAAGAAUCAGAAUUUGAAAAUUCAGCAUUAUUUUUAUUUUUCCGCGGUAGAAUACAACGACUAAGGAAAAAGACCGAUGAGUCAUUAGAAUUAUACAGAAGAGCUUUGGAGGCAGCAAAAGGCCAGAAAGAACUGGAACUUAUGAAUUUGUAUGAAAUAGGUUGGUGUAACAUUAUGAAGUUAAACUGGAGAGAGUCUCUUGGAGCUUUCACAAGGUUAAAGGAUGAGACUAAAUGGUCCAAGUGUUAUUAUACAUAUCUAAUGGGAGUAUCUCUUGGUGCUAUGGGAGAUGUCAAAGGUGCUAAGGACACACUAAAAGAUGUACCAGGACUGCUGAAAAAGAAAAAUAACCAGAUUGAGGCUUUUGUUUCUAGGAGGGCAGAAAAGAUGAAGAAGAACCCUCCUACCCAGGAGAUCUGUCGUCUGCUGAGUUUAGAACUUAUAUUCCUUUGGCAUGCUCUUCCUACAUGUACAGAGGACGAACUUAAACCAUUUUUAGAUGUGUGUGAUAUGCAGACAGACAAAAAUGUAUUCCACCUAAAGUGUCUACUAGAGGGCGCUAUAUAUAAAGAAUUGGGUCAAGAUGAAUAUGCUUUACAAUGUUUAGACGAAUCGCUAGCCAGACACCAAGGUAUGAAAGAUGACACCCAUGUACCAGCCUUUACUUUGUAUGAAAUAGCUUCCAUUAAAAUGAAAUCUCCCGAGACGAAAGGAAAGGCAAAAGAUCUUUUACAGAAAAUUAAGGAUAACUAUAAAGACUAUGACUUUGAGAAUAGACUUACCGUGAGAGUAAAUAAUGCUCUAAGGCAGUUAAAAGCUAGUGGAUAAGUAGGAUAGAUCUAAUAACCAAAGAGGAAGAAUUGAGAUUAUAGAGGAUAAGUUGGAGAGAUCUAAUAACCAAAGGGAGAGAACUGAGAUUAUAGUAGUAAACUGUCUCUUAUGUUGUUGAUAGUCAGUUCUACACACUGAAUCAAAAUUGUUAUACUGUAAUUUAUUAUUUGCCAUAUUUUAGUGCUAGGCAUUAGUUUCCUGAUAGUUA